UCACAGCACUCGCUCGAGUCCUCGGAAACCUCGAGAAAAGCCAAUACUAAGGAGACUUGCAGCUCUUGGAGCUGAUCCAGAGCCGAACCUUUCAUCUCGCUUCGGACAACAGCAACGUUCGACGCGACAAUGUUCGCGGCUAGAUGAGCCUGUCACGUGAGCGCGCAAUACCACGCAACACCCGCCGACGAAUAUUACGCAAUACGCGGGAACAGAAGUUUCAAGACGUUGUAAGUGGCACGAACGGCUGAACGUGAUCAAUGAAUGAUCAGUGAAGAAAGUACAGUGACGCGUGCGGUGGUCCUAAGGGAAACUUUAACGAGCGAGAUAUGAAACAGUGAGUCAGUGUCUUAAACCAGUGAACUUUGAGCUCUGACAGACUAGAUACGCGACAAGUGUGGCUCUGUUUGCUUUCACAAAUAUGACGACAGAGGGUUAACGUUACGGUUGAAAUUUCACCGUUCAACUGUCACGGCUGACAUUUACAUUUGAAUCGUAUACGUGACAGACGAUUCGGAAGAUCGAAAGAUGAGCGUAGCUCUCGUGACGAUGGAUUCCGCGUACGGCCUGCGACUGGGAAUUGGCAGCCAUCAUCAUCAUCAUCAUCAUCAUCAUCAUCACCAUCAUCGAGUGCGUUCACCCGAAAGUCACGUGGUUUCUCGCCAGGAUCAGCAACCAGAUCACAAAGACGAUAUCGAGGCACCGUUGAGAUUCAGCGUGGUAAACAUUCUGAGACCAGAUUUUGGACGAGAGGCGAUUCUCAACACGAAAGCACCAAAACAAACCACUUUGGCGCCCGGUCACUCGACGACGAUUCCAGUUCCGAUACCUCGUCACAGUCCUCUUUCUUUGCCACGUGAUCUGACUCUGUCGUCCAAUCGAUUGUCGCCCACGAGGCCUCAGACCGGCAAUUUUUCCGUGCACAGAGAAAGGGAUCUGUUUUCUUCUCACUGUGGGCUGACGUCACCCCUUCAGAGGAACACUGGUCUCAGCAGAAGCGGAAGUCUCGAAAGCCUAGCGAGUAGCAGAAGUUCCGUCACCGGAAGUUCCGUAACUGGAGCACCUUCCCUGGGUUCCACGUCCUCUACCAUCGGCAGCGACUCCUUAAGUGGAGACAGCAGUGCCGGAAAUGCGAACAGCACCACCACCAACCAAACUGGACUCAACGGACAGAGUCCUUGGCCUGCGUGGGUUUAUUGUACCAGAUACUCGGACAGACCUUCAUCCGGGCCACGAACGAGGAGAGUGAAACGAUCGCAAAACAACGGAAAGAGCGGGUCGCCGGAAGAGAAAAGACCACGGACCGCAUUCAGCGCGGAGCAACUGGCUAGGCUGAAGAGGGAAUUCACGGAAAAUCGAUACCUAACCGAGAGAAGGCGGCAGCAGCUCUCUCGAGAUCUGGGCUUAAACGAGGCGCAGAUCAAGAUCUGGUUCCAGAAUAAAAGGGCAAAAAUCAAGAAGGCCAGCGGCCAGAAAAAUCCGCUAGCUCUUCAAUUGAUGGCCCAAGGUCUGUACAAUCAUUCGACGGUGCCCGUUGACGAGGACGGCGAGGAAAUCGUGACUGGAAGCAAUCAUUCGCACUAAUGACGAGUAACGUGUCGUCAAAAAGAUUGUUGUUGUACUCGUGAGAAAUUUCAUUUGUACGAUGACCGAACAAUCCGCUCGCCACUUUACACGUUCUAACGUUCUAACCCGACGGAAAUAGUUAAAAAUAUGUGGAAAGGACGAUUCGAAAACGAUUGCGUGUUCUAAAGUCGUGGAAUUUCUUACGGAACAGUUUAACUGAAAUGGAGGUAGGAAACACGUGUUUAAAGAUACUUUAAACGGUCCACGACAAUAUUCAUCGUCGGUCAGAGCGAUAGGAUCCUGAUCUACUUCUAUAUAGCUACAUUAAGCGAUUACCAAAUAAUUUUCCACUCUAGUUUAGACGUAGCUGCAGCAAUGAAUCUUGAAACGGUGAGAUCUUGAGCGAUUUAUAUACCAGAAAGACAGACAGAGAGGGAGAAGGAGAGAGAGAGAGAGAGAGAGAGAAGUGGAGCAAGAUCGGCGUUCGUUUUUCGUAUGAUCGUAUGACCGCAGACUGAACCUUUAUAUUUAUCAACUAUAUGUACGUAUAUCGGCAUAGAUACGAUUCUAGUACACUGACUUCGGUACGAUCCUUAUCGAUUAGACGCUUAAAUUAUUUAUUUCCCUUGUACAUAAUUGUAAAUACAAGUGAUCGUAAUGUGUAUAUGUAUGAUACGAGAUAAUCUUUAAUUGCCGCGCGAAGAUUAUAUUAUUGUGUAUGUACGGUGCUGCACACGGUCGCGUGAAUACAGAAACGAUCUCACACUGUAUAUUCCUAAUUAUCGUACGAGUCUACAUAGGAUCUAUAUAGAUCUUUCCCUAAAUAUACUUAUAUCUCAUGUUCGUGUAGACAGACUUGAAAAGUAUGCGUAUAUGGUAGAUAUAUACCGGUGUCUCACAAUAUGUGGUCGAUAUAAUCUAUGUAACCCGCUUACAUGUUGCCACCGAUUAAAUCGAAUUAAAUAGAUAAAUGUGUAUAUAUAUGUAUAUAUACAUAUGCGAGCUGUUUCUACAUUAUUCUCCUGUCCUUGGAUAUCUUGCACGAUUUCAGAUUUACUUAACAACUUCAAACGAUCGACAGAGAAAUCUGAGAUAUUAUUUUCCAUCGUAAUCUGUUUUUAAUAAUGACGAAAAAUUUCUCUUCCAAUGUUGGGAAUAAUUAAUUAAAUAAAUAUUCACCUCGACUAAUGGAAUGUGAAUUUAAAUAUAGUUUGCCACUCUACGUAGUGGAUAAUUAUUAAAAAAAAAAAAAAAAAAAAGAGGGAAAAACAGGAUCGUUUAUGGUCGAACGAUUUCAAAAUGAAAGCGGACCAGAGCAAUUAGUAAAAUUUACGUGGCCGAAAAGUAUGCGGAUCGUGGAAGAGACGCCGUCUGUGUAUACGGUCGCCAUGGACGCGCCUCGUUCUCAGUGCAACGGUGCGGCGCGGCGUGACGCGAUAAUUGAUCCUAAAUUAACGAGCCACCCGGUAUUCCGAGCGCAACCGACAAAUGGAACGUGGCGAGGAUGACAGUGCGCGACUAGCUCAAACGCAUUCGCGCACAUGUCGCUGCCGAUCGACAUGGGAUAAGCGAUAUGUGCACCUGUUAGUAGCUGCCAUACGUGGCUGCCCGCGAACAGAUUUACGAAGGUACAUUUUUUCUCCCUUAGAGAAUGUCGAAAACAUUCGCUGCUAUUAAAAUAUCGCUAUCCUUCCUUAGAACCUAUUUUUCUUCAUUACAGAUAUCUCUACUUUAAUUAAUAACGUUUGUGUUUUAAUUAUGGUUCUGAUUAUUUUCUAAAUGUCUCUUUACUUUUAUGU